CUCUUUCUCUCCCUCGCUCUUGCCAAGGACGUGUACACCCCUGUGAUAUUCCAAAGUGUUCAUCGAAUAUCUGCGAGGAAAAAUUCUUAGCAGAGAUCGAUUCUGUUCGCAGGCGGAUCUCUCGAUUGCGUGUGUGUAUAUAUCAGAGCAUCACAAAAGGACGGGGGCUCGAACUCUUCAACUCUCCCGGGUGCGUGUAUAUCCGAGUAGGACGGGGGCUCGAACUCUGCCAAACCAACGAUCCAACGAUGGCCAGCGAAGUCAUGCGGACUGUGGAGCAGAAGGUGUUGUCGGUCGAACAGUCUGAAGGACACGGUGCCAGGGUCAGACGCAGUAUUGGCAGUAGAGAGCUACGCAGACUAGACCCAUUGCUUCUGGACGAAUUCAGCGUCCGCCAUCCAGCCGGAUUCCCCGACCAUCCACACCGAGGGUUCGAAACUGUGACCUACAUCACCAAAGGUGCCAUACGACACGAGGACUCCAAAGGGAACUGUGACACCAUUCAAAAGGGAGACCUCCAGUGGAUGACGGCUGGUCGAGGGGUGGUACAUUCUGAAAUGCCAGCUUCCAACGAAGCUUCAGGUCUCCAGCUUUGGGUCAAUCUCAAAUCCUCCGAGAAGACAGUAGAAGCAGGAUAUCAGGGUCUGCUGGCAUCCCAGAUUCCUACGGCGACGCUUGAUGGGAUCAGGGUUAAGGUCAUUGCCGGAAGUUGCAUGGACGUGAUUUCACCCAUACGCACGCGCACGCCCGUCUACUACCUAAUCUUCACGAUGGAUCCCGGGAGUAAAUUCACACAACCGUUGCCAAUGGACUGGAACGCCUUCAUCUACAUAUUGUCAGGAACCAUCGGAGUUGGAGAUUACGACAACUUAGUGGAAAGCGGGCCACACCACACCCUAGUUCUCAGUAACGGCAGCGCCGUUAAUAUGAUCAACACCUCGGACGAAAAAGCUAAUUUCGUUCUUAUUGCUGGCCAGCCCAUAGGCGAACCAGUCAUCCAGCAGGGGCCCUUCGUCAUGAACACCCAAGAGGAGAUCCAGCAAGCCUUCCAGGACUACCACCUGAGACAGAACGGCUUCGAGAGAUAUCCCCCAACGAAGCCAUCUCCCGUUGGUCUCUGCAACGUCAGACGUUAGGCUGUUGCAGAAAGCAACUUUUUUUUGUAGUUGCAGGAAGUAUUUCCCUCAUUACAGCUGACUGCAGCUUAUUGUAGAUGUGUGUAAAAAAAGUUUUUAGUGUCCUGUUACCUCUUCCCAGUGCAAGGUGCUUCGUUUUGUCUUGCUGGGCCAAGCUGAGAUUUUUCUGGUUAUUUUGGUUCUCUCUUUAUAUUGUCUCCUCCUCCUCCUCCUCCUCCUCCUCCUCUUCUUCUUCUUCUUUUUCUUCUUCUUCUUCUUCCUCUUCUUCUUCUUCUUCUUCUCCUCCAGCGGUUUCCGUUUUGCAACUUAGAGUUCACAGAUAUGACCUUCACAUGUGCGUGAUCACCUUCAUGAAUAUUUGAUUGCUAGGGUGUUUUAUUAACUAUAUUCUCUUACAGUUCUGUUAAAGAUAAGUUUGACUUUUUUUACUUUUGUAAUUUACGACUGCAAUAAACACACAAACGCAUACAAACACACACAAUACAA